AAUCAAAGUGAGAAUAGAUUCAAUUUGUUUAUUUUUUUUCUUCUGUGCCAUCAAAUUCGUUUUCCCGGAAAAUUUUAUUGAAAUUUGGUGCAUGAAAUCGGAAAAUCAUGAACUCAAUCAAAGAAGAAUUAUCCAUGCUUAUUGACUCUGCACUAAAUUUGGAAAAUAUUGUGGAUUUUAGAUCCCUUCAUAAGCUUUUGCAUGAGAUUGUGAAGCAUUUGGGAUAUAUUGGAAGCCAAAUUAGUUCUGAUGGUUCUGAUGCUUCUGUACCUCAGAAUCCGGAUGUAAAUAUUAGUGAUUCGAUUGAUAAUGGAAGGGUGGAUGGUAAUCGUAAUUUACAAAAUGGGAAUUCUGUGCAUUUAGAAAAUAGCUUAAAGUUACUGGAGUCAAGAGUUGAAGAGUUGGAAAACCACAUACAAAACAAUGGAACUACCAAUAGAAUAAACAAUGAAAUUCUCUCUGGUUUGAAUAGAACUGAAGAAGAUACUGCAGUGAAUUCAUUUUUAAUCGACAGUAAUUCUCAGAUUGAAAGUACUCCUCAAGGUAAUAAUGGGUACAAUCGGUACAAUGAGCGAUUGUAUGACAAUCCUAUCACAGAUAAAUCCUCGGAGAUCUCUGGACUUAGAUUGGAUUUGUAUACUCUGAGGAAUACAAUAGACCAGCACAGCGCAAAAAUAGCUACUAUUGACAAUGAAAUACUUAAUAUAAAAGCUCAUCAAUCCAUGCCCUUACCUCAAGAAUCCAAGAUACUUGAAUCUCAAGUUCAUUUAGGCCCAGAAAAAGCAACUCAACCCAUUUUCCCAUCCACUUCCUCCACCGAAAGCCCAAGUCUAACCCCUACAAGGGAUUCAAAUAUCAUUCCCGGAAGUACUUUUAACCAACAUACACCUACAUUAUCUAAUCAAGAAGAGGUCGCUGAAUCUUUCAACAAAAGAUUAAACUCCCUUGAAUUAAAGUACUCCCACAUUGAUCAGAAGUUAGAUGCCGUCAAAUGUCUCCGUGUUGAACUGCGCGAAAAACUAUCAAUGGAAAGUUUUGAAUCAGCUAUAAUCGAGUGGAAAAAUGCAAGUCAAUUUCUGGAGGAUAGGAAUCGAAGUGAGAGAAAUCAACUUAAAGAAAAAGUUGAGAGCAUCACAAUGAAUUUGUCAGAAAUAGAAAGGAAAUUAAUGGAGGACUUGAAGAGACUCGAGAGAUUAUUUGCUGAGCAAUUGCUUGAAUUGGAUCAAAAGUUGGCUAAAAUUAGAAAAUGUACCGAUAGCAAAGUGUCUGAAGAUGCAGCUGGUGGGAAAAGUAAGAUUCUCGGAGAUAUGACUUGCAUUUCUUGCAAUAGAUACGUAACCAUGCGACUUCGGGAACCAAAUUGUCUCGCUUCAGUAAUUGCUGAACCCUUGGGAAGAACAAAAAUUCAAUCAACCAAGUCAAAAGUCAAUGGAACCGGAAGAUGUGGAGGGAAAGCUUUUACAACUCAAAUGUUAGAUCCUCUCUCAAAAAGGACGGAAAAACGACUUUGUGGUGGGAAGCAUACAAUAAUCUCCAUUCAUGAUAGACUCACACGACUUUCCAUGCAAAAUGACAGUGGCACAAAUCCUACAUUUGGAAGAUUAAUUUGCGUGGACACCCAAAAUCCUUUUGAUGAAUUAAAUAGCAAGACAUCGGGAAUUCUGGGUGGGAUUGUCACGGGAGUUUUAGCCACAGAAUCACAUCAUAAUUAAAAUUCCUGUCUAAUUUGUAAUUGGCACGGAGGAAAAAGCAUUCUAGCAGCAACAAUACCUGAGAAUAUUCAACCUCAUUGUCAUGUUUACACAAAAUUAUUAAUAGAAAAUUUCAUCGAUGAAUAUCUUUCUAGUGGAAUAAAAAUGUACUUUUUUUCACCAAAACACGCACAUCUCACGGGAUUUUACGAUUUGUCUGGGGAAUACCAGAGAAUCUUGAAUAUUCAACCCACUCAAAGAAGAACUGAUAACUUGAACACUUGUCGGAUCAAAGGAAAAUUCAACAGAUUAAAUAAAAUGCAUUAUGCCCCAA